ACUAUUAAUCUACAAUGUAGAAAAUAGUAAAAUAAAUAAAACCCUGCAAUGAGUAGGUGUGUCCAAACUUUUGACUGGUACUGUAUAUUUUCAGAGUAGCUUCCCCAACACUGCUGACCUGUGACCAAAUGCUUUUGUUAAAAUGUAUGUCACAGAACCAGAGCAUCCAAGAAAAGUAUCCGAAGCACAGGGUCUGAUAAAUACAUUUGGAAUUGAACUGUUUUGGUUUUUGCUUUGAGUCAUUUCAUUUUAGUUGGCUAGACAUUACAACAUCAUGUAGGCUAAUUUAUCUGUAUUGAGUUCUAUGUCAAACCUACAAGCCUAUACACUACAGUACCAAUGUGCUUUACGUGACACCACUCAAUUCUUGGUUGGCCUUUAUGGAAAUUCAAAAUAAUCACAUUCUCCAUGCAAGAAUUACCUCAACCCCACACAAAGAUGGCGCCGUACUCUAUGGCUGCCGUCUUUGUUAUUUUGUGAUUAUUGUUCCUUGUUUUAUAGUAAACCUACUACUUAAUAUCGAUUACUGCAUUGUUGGGCAUUAUCGAAACUGCAGAGUUUGCAAGAAAGCCAUUUCACUUUUCUUGUGCACGUGACAAUAAAACUUGACAUUUGAAACAGAUUAUAACAGUUUAGAACUCCUCCCCCUACCUCUUGAACGUCACCUGUGUACGCGCCCAACACCUACAGGUAAAGGUGUAUGCAAAGAGAACUGCGGGGGAAGGAAGAAUUAACGGUUGGAAAAAUUCCGGAUACCGCUGCUAUGGCCGAGUCUCAGCUUCUGUGCAUGGACGAAGAUCAUGUCAACGAAAAGAUACCCGAAUCCAAAGCAGAGUUCUACUACUGCGAGGAGCAUCGAGCCGCGCUCGAGCAACUAUUGAAGAACGGUGAUGGCGCGUUCAAGAUGCGACUGAAAGAGGACAACGUCAGAGACUUUCUAUCCGCCCGCGAGAUUAAAUGGAUUCGAAAAACUUUUGAUGAAUAUGAUUCCGAUAGUGAGUCCGAGAAGGGCGAAUAUGAAAAGGCUCAGGAGUCCAAUGCAGACUCGGGGGUCCACUCCACAUACUGGCCUCAGAUGUCGGACACGGAUGUCCCGCCGCUUGACAUCGGCUGGCCAGGCAGCACUAGUUUCUAUAAAGGUGUCACUCGAGUAUCCGUUCACACGCACCCACCCAAAAACAAGGGCCCCCAUAUAAAAGAGGUUGUCAGGAGACUCAUUCAAGAAUCAAACAAGGUAGUAGCCGUGGUCAUGGACCACCUUACAGACCUGCAGAUCCUUCAGGACCUAUUGGACGCAGCACAGAGACGAGGGGUGGCUGUGUACAUCAUACUGGAGGCUCGUGGUAUGCCCCACUUCCUGGAUAUGUGCACUCGUUUACAGGUCACUGCUCUGCAUCUACGGAACCUGCGUGUGCGAACGGUGAAAGGUUCUGGGCUGGCCCUAUCAUUUGGCAGGCUGCCCGGCUCUCUGUGCUCCAAAUACAUGCUAGUGGACGGAGAAAAGGUUAUGUUUGGCUCUUACAGCUUCACAUGGAGCUCCUCUAGGAUGGACAGGAACACCAUCACAGUAAUGUCUGGGCAGGUGGUGGACUUCUUCGACAAUGACUUCAGGGAAAUGUAUGCUGUAUCUGAGAAUGUGGACCUUUACAAGGAGUUCCACAUAACCAAGCCUCCCAUGCCUGCGCCGGUACGGAAGGUGGUGGUCCCCAAGCCCCUGUUGAUGUCCACCUCCCGUUUCCAGGUGUCUCUAGGGGACUCUCGUGGGCAGGCUGACCAGAGGGUGCCUGCACAUAAAUACCACAACCCUAAGUAUUCUCUGGUGGUGGGGAACAGUCUCGGCCUCACUGGGUCCUUACAGGACCUCUCCACACUCAGAGACUCACUGGGCGGUGGACUCGGACGGAACGGACUGUCAACGCUACUCCAUGCCAAAGGGGGCAGUAGUGUGGAACUGGACAAGGUCACUGCAAAGUCCCCCAGUUCUACUGUGGAGGAUGAGGAGGAUGGGAAGGGAGGUUCGCAGAAGCACCAGGCCUUAGGUGGAAAGAAACAACGCAGUUCUUUCAGGCUCUUCCUGAAAGGCAGAGGAUCCAAACACAACAGUGAGACUAUAGAGGAGGAUGGGGCCACUCCUUCAAGCCCCUCCUCCACCCGCCCAACCCCUUCCCCUAGCCACCCAACGCCCACCCCUAGCCACCCAACCCCUUCCCCUAGCCACCCAACCCCUUCCCCUAGCCACCCAACCCCUUCCCCUAGCCACCCAACCCCCACCCCUAGCCACCCAACCCCCACCCCUAGCCACCCAACCCCUUCCCCUAGCCGCCCAACCCCCACCCCUAGCCGCCCAACCCCCACCCCUAGCCGCCCAACCCCACCCCUAGCCACCCAACCCCCACACCUAGCCACCCAACCCCUUCCCCUAGCCGCCCAACCCCCACCCCUAGCCACCCAACUCCCUUCCCUAGCCGCCCAAUCCCCUCCCUUGCCCAUCGAACCCCCUCCCCUACCCACCCAACCCCUCCCCUUGCAACCCAAACCCCUCCCCUACCCACUCAACACCCUCCCCUAA